GAUGCUAAUGGUUCAGAAUACACAUAUAAUAGUCAAACUGGGCCCACAACGUCUUUACGACGGCCACGUCCACACUCCAACGUAGUCGUUUCCGAAGAUCGGGCUCAACCUCCACAAUCUUCACAAAAUGGCUCACCUAGGGUUUUGCGUAUGACACCGGCUAGACGCAGGCGACAGCUUUCCAGCAUUUAUCCAUUUUUUCCUUCCGCAACAACUGCCAAUCAAACACAGGUUCCACUUAGCAGACCACUCACCCGUCUUCAACGGCUUCAUCAUAAUUCAGUAGAUGAUGUGUCAUUAGCACCCAGACAAACCGAUGCAAUAGCUCCCAACAUACUACGACGAAGUCGCACAAGAUCUUCUAGCUAUAACGGGCACGAUGCUGAUGUGAUGAAUGGGCUAGAUGCUAAUAAUUCCAAUAAUCGUCAUUCGUUUCCAACAGUAGAAACAGUGUUUGACGUGCGGCGUCCUCGUUCUAAUUCAGUAGAC